CAUAUAGAUGCUAAAAGUGUAAAACACAUUUAAACGAAGUUUAUAUUAUUAUUUUGAGGGGUUUGUGGAAUUUGUGUUAAAUUUUUUUUAUCAUAUUUGUGCUAAGAUUUGGUAAAUGUUAUGUUCUUAAGACCAAAUUUGAAACUCAAAAUUUGGCAAAUGUUAUGGUCUUAAGACCGUGUUUGAAGCCAAACAAAUGCGCAUAAUAAUGAUAUAAUCAGUAGAAUUAUCGAUCGCAAGAAGAGAUCGAAAUGGAGAGCGCAUGCGAAUUUGUGGAGUUCCCGCAGCUGCCAACUCCAACAGAAACGAAUUACAGGGCAUGUACGAUUCCUUACAGGUUCCCGUCUGAUAAUCCCAAAAAAGCUACGCCCACUGAGAUUGCUUGGAUUAACCUCUUCCACAAUUCCAUCCCUUCUUUCCGAAAGCGCGCGGAGAGCGAUGAUUCAGUUGAGGAUGCGCCAUCUAGAGCAGAAAAAUUUGCUCAAAGGUAUGCUGAAAUACUUGAGGAUUUAAAGAAAGAUCCAGAGAGCCAUGGUGGACCACCUGAUUGCAUUCUUCUUUGCCGACUCCGUGAACAAGUUCUAAGAGAAGUGGGAUUCAGAGAUAUAUUUAAAAAGGUUAAGGAUGAAGAAAAUGCUAAAGCUAUAUCAUUAUUUGAGCAUGUAAUUCGCCUUAAUGAUGCUAUUGAGGAUGAAGCUAAGCGCAUUGAAAAUUUGGUUAAGGGAAUAUUUGCAGGAAACAUAUUCGACCUUGGCUCUGCUCAGCUUGCAGAGGUGUUCUCCAAGGAUGGCAUGUCUUUUCUUGCUAGCUGUCAAAAUAUAGUUCCUCGACCAUGGGUUAUUGAUGAUUUGGAUGCAUUUAUAAUGAGAUGGGGAAAAAAGGGUUGGGAAAAGGCUGUAAUUUUUGUAGAUAACUCCGGUGCAGAUAUUAUUUUGGGUAUUCUACCAUUUGCAAGAGAAUUACUUCGGCGUGGAACACAGGUCAUUUUAGCAGCCAAUGACUUGCCUUCUAUAAAUGAUGUAACUCAUGCGGAGCUGAUUGAUAUUAUUUCCAAGCUGAAGGAUGAGCAUGGAAAGCUUGCAGGAGUUGAUACCUCCAAUCUUUUGAUUGUGAAUUCUGGUAAUGAUCUUCCGGUUAUAGAUCUAACGAGAAUAUCACAAGAGCUUGCAUAUCUGGCUAGUGAUGCUGACAUUGUCAUUUUGGAAGGCAUGGGCCGUGGAAUAGAGACUAACCUGUAUGCUCAAUUUAAAUGUGACUCGCUUAAGAUUGGGAUGGUAAAGCACCCGGAGGUCGCUCAGUUCCUAGGGGGGAGGUUGUAUGAUUGUGUCUUCAAGUACAAUGAGAUUUUGGGUUAAACAUGCUACAACCCAGUUUUAUGUGACAAUCAGAAAGAAUAAAACACAGGUUGCAGUUGUGGUGGAUGCAGUACCCUGGGAGUCCAGCUGAGAUGGCAUUGCACUUCUGAUCUCUAUAUAUGGAGAUCGUGCUAUUUGAUUGAUGCAUAGGCUGGGGAAGAUAAGCUCAAAUAAUCAUAAUGAUACAUUUUUCUUUAUUAUUACGAUCAUACUUGUUUGGGCGUCCAAUUUGUAGUGACCAGGGUGGGGCAAAAGAAACUGCAAUGACAAAAUCUGUGCGGAUUAUUAUCUUUUUGGAACUGCAUUUUUGUGGUGCAGUGUGGGUGUUACACCAUUUAAAAUCAUACCCCUAGUCUAAAUUGCAUAAUGAGUUCUUUAUUGUUGUAUGGAGUAUUAUUUUGUGUGGUUCAUUCCCAUUUCUUACUAGAAAUUUGACAUAUGACGGUUUAUAUCUUAAAAUACUAUUGUUGUGUUUUCAAAA